AGAGGACGCAAUAAUUUUUCACAUGGGGCCAGCGGGACGAAGGCUACUGAUGCUCUGAAAGAAGUCGCGCGGGUAAAUUGGCAUUGGAUGUUUACGAGGCCGAUCGUCGUUCCCUUGCCGCAUUGCUUGAGAUCAACUGGACGGAUGGCUGCGAAUAGAUUUUCGGCAAAGUCGGCGGCAAAAUCACCGAUCGUUAGAGACGACACUGCCGGAGAAGGCAACGAGCCGUCGAGCGACCCAAACCUUAACCCUCGCGUGGUAAGGGUCCGGCAGCUGAUGAGCAGCGGCUCCGCUGAUGGUUGGGAGAAGUGUUGGGAGGAAGGGGUGACACCAUGGGAUUUGGGUCAGACAACACCUAUCAUCGCUGAUCUUAUUCAAACAGGGGAAUUUCCUGAAGGUAGAAUUUUGGUCCCUGGAUGCGGCACGGGUUAUGAUGUGGUUGCUAUGGCCAGCCCUGUGCGCUUUGUCGUAGGCUUGGAUAUAUCAAUUACUGCUCUUAAUAAGGCCAAAGAGUGGUCUUCCUCAUUACCAAAUGCAAGAUAUUUCACUUUCCUAGCAGAAGAUUUCUUCACUUGGACCCCAUCUGAGCUUUUUGAUGUGAUUUUUGAUUACACGUUUUUCUGUGCUAUACAUCCCUCAAUGCGGUCAGCUUGGGCAACUAAAGUGAGUGAACUUCUAAAACCGGAUGGAGAACUUAUUACACUCAUGUAUUUGUUGGAAGAUCAACAAGGGGGACCGCCAUACAAUACAUCUGUGGCUGACUAUGUGGAGGUCCUCAAUCCUGUGGGUUUCAAGACCAUUUCAAUUGUAGAUAAUGAACUAGCUGUCAAGCGACGCAAGGGAGCGGAAAAACUUGUAAGGUGGAGAAAGAGUUUUAUUCAGCCAUUAUUAUGAUGAAAGAAAAUAACUUUUCUGGAGAGGAAUGUUUUACAUCAUCAGCCAUUUUGCAUGAAUAGGAAUAAAAUUUGGAAACUGUAAUAAUUUGCUAUGGUGCUCUGAAGAAGAGGUAAAGUGUUUCCAUACCUAAAAAAAAUCACUGCUGUAAUUAAUGUGGUAUUACUGUGAUUAACAUUUAAGGUUUUAUUUGAUAUUGCUUUCUAAAA